ACCAAAAAUGAAGAGCACUAGGAGAGAAACGGAGAAGAAAUCGGAGAUAGGUUCUGCCAUUGAAGAGCUUUCUAUGAUGACCAUAGUCAAACCUGGUGAAGAUCAUGAUCACUCCGCACACAUCCCCACCAAGCCUUUCCUCUCACUUUGUUACUUGGUUCUUCAAGUUCUUGCAGAUAAGAUAGGGCCAACAAUGGUUGUUUUGAGGCAAGACGUGCACCAGAAUAUUAAGAAAUUGGAACUGAUGCAUGAGUCAAAUCCCUCAUUGAACUCGAAUUUGGUUGAGAUUUUGAAGUCAGAAGCAAGAGAAGGCAAUGCACGGAAAGGGUCUAGCUGCAGUAAGGCCCUUGUUUGGCUUACUAGGACCUUGGAUUUCACUUCGUUAUUAUUACAAACACUAGCAAAAGAUCCUGAGAAGAGAAUGGAACAAGUAGUUGAAGAGGCUUAUGAUGUAACAUUAAAACCGUGGCAUGGAUGGAUUUCAUCAGCUGCUUUCAGAGUGGCUCUAAGACUGGUCCCAGAAAGUAAAACUUUCGUGAAUCUCCUUAAAACUGAAGAUGAAAACCAUGACACCCUAAUGGAGAAAAUGCAGAUUUUGGUCUCUUUGUUUGUGCCUUUUCUUGAGGAUAUCCAUUGUAUUCUAAGAUUGUAUAACUUGGACAAGCUAAAGUCAACUUGAAGUCAACUAGAGAAGAAUCAAGUGCAGCUUUGUGUUUCCUGGAUUCCUUGCAGAGAUUGUAUACUAAAAUUUGUGUGACAAUUAUGUAGUUAGUUACUACUUACUAGUUGGCAUCAACGUGAGAAAACGUGUUAAUAGUUCUUUUUCUU